CAAUCAUCCUUUCCUUUGAAUGCCUUAAAAUGAAAACAGAGUAAAGAGAAGGAAUCACUAAUCAGCCAGCCUGUAUUCAUUAUUCAAUAAACCUUACCUUAUUACCUCCUUUUCUCCUAUAUUCUCUUCAUUUCUUCCCACAAAUCUUCCAUUUUUCUUCCUUUUUGACGCUUUUUUCCUUUCAUCCCAUUACCGACACUUUUCAAAAUGAGCUCAAUAGUUCAAACAAUCCAACAAAGAACAACAAAACAAUCUCUCCCAAUUUCAUCCCCAUCAGAAGAUCAACCAUCUCUUAGAAGAAGGCUUUCUUCUAUUUCUCUUAAACUUCAACCUUCAAUCUCUGCUUCUCCUGCUACUUCAUGGGCUAUUCAUAGAUCGAAAUCUUUGUCUUCCAUGGGAGAAAAUGCUGGGAUUUCUAUCAAAAAAUGGUGGGUUUUUGGUUGGUCUUGGAUUCUUUCUAGAAAACCUGUUUUUGUUCAAGAUCUUGAGAUGAAUGAAGAGGAAAAACAUGUUAUUGGGUUUCAAAACAGAGGAAGUUUAAAACAUUUGUUCUUUAAGCUUAAAUCUGAGGUUAGGAAGUUGUUAAGAUAUGAUGAUAUGUCUCUUCCUCAAACUUUUAAGUAUCAUAAUCAUCAAUCUUUUCAUGGUGGAAUGAGGAGAGCUUCUACUACUAUUGGUUGAUUUAAUUUCUUGUCUGUAUUCUCAAGCCUUUCGUACAAUAGAAAAGCAAAGUGAUUUGAUGAACUUCCCCUGUGGAUAAAAUUAAGCGAAAUGAUGGAAGAAGGGAAGAUAGGCUCAAGAGAUUAAAUUUGCAUUGAUAAGUAAGAACUACACAUAAAUGGAAAUGGAUCGUGUUUUGAAGUUAGAUAUUUAAUUUUUGAUGGGUAAAUAGAAUAUUAUUAAGGAGUAGAAUUAUAUUAUAUCAUAUUAUAUUGAUUAAUGUUAUUUGUUAUUUGAUUUUUGAUUGUUGAUUUUUGAUUGUUUGAGUAGACUAAUUUGGUAUUUUAGUGAAAUUUGUAAAGUUGUAAAGCAAUUAUUUGGAUGUUAUUAUUAUUGUUAUUGUAAUUUUUUGAUUUUAUCUUGAAAAUGGUUUGCUAGAUAAAAGGCAAUAUUUUCUAUGUACAUGGAAUAAUCAUCGGUCAUCAUAUAUUGUCCAUUAACCAAUUUAUUAUAAUGCUAUUAUAUCUUCACCAUGAUAUUAAAAAAUAUGAAGGCUCUGUUUAUGUUUGUAAUUUUGAUCAAAAUAGGACCCUUCAUGGAUAAUUGAAAAAAAAAGUUUCAACUUAUAAAAAUUCUUAGAAAAGGGUCAAAGUUGGGCUAGAUUUUGAAAUUAGUUGCUUUCAAACAAAGCAUACUACACAAAUUUGUUUUCGGCCUCUCUCUUGAGAGACCGUCUUUUUUAAAGACGAUUUUUAAAAGCGCAGCCCAUUAUGUAAUUCAAAAAAAACUGACGUGCACGUGUAAUUGUAAUGUGAAAAGUCGCAUAAUAUAUUUAGAGUUAUAACAAUAUUUAUUUAGGGUUAUAACAUAAUAUAUUUGGUAUUAUACCAACAUAUAUUUGAGGAUUACAACAUAAUUUAUUUGGGGUUAUAAUAUGAUAUAA